UUGUUUCUCGGCCUACACAAUAAAAAUCACUUUUUUUUUUUUUUUUUGGCGUGUGUUUAUUGUGAGAGCUCUCACAGCCGAUGUGUGUUGCAGGACAUAAAAGUUGGAAGUCAUCACUGACGAUCGAGCGUGAUAAGGCAAACAAGCACUAACACUCACUCACGUUGGGAUGAACUUACUCGCGAUAAGAUGUGAUGGUGUAAUGGUCAAAAUGUUACGAUUCUGCACAAUAUUGGUCGUGGUGACGUCGGCUGAGCCUAAACUCAAGUUCCCCGGAGGCAUGCACGAGAAACGGACUAUAGAAAUCGAUUCAGCCGACAGUGCGUGGGCGUCUAGAGCUCUCAUAUCUUGGAGAAAAGGAAGUUGAAAUGAGAAGAAACGAGCUCCGCUAUUCGCGAACUCGCAGUGGGACUAGACGAUGAGCGAACCAGGAAAAUAGGCUGGAUACUUGCACUGACUGCAGAUCGGCAGCGUUUUGGCUGUCAUUGGCGGUGCAGAAUCUGAGAGUGUAGUCUGCAGAGCCCUCUGGUACUCUAUGUUCGCUUCUUCUGAUAGCUAUGCGUACGUCUGACUAGACGGGCCGCACUGGCAUUUUCCGAUGCGACGCCAUGGCAGAGGCCACACCCAGAGGACGCGGAUUGGCAAGGCGGUUAUCAGGCCCUCAUCGAUGUUUGCCGACUAGAGGCGCAGCCAGGGCCAGCCAGCCGGUAGGUGCCGCGGUGGCUUAGUCGGCACGACAGCCCAAAGUGUCCCCGUGCGGACGUCAGCAACUAGCAGCAGCUUCUGUCAAGCGUGUGGUGGUGGUAGUGGUGGUGGUGGUGGUGUUACUGCUGCUGCCGUCACACCCGUUGCGGCGACAGCGUGGGUGUGCAGGGGCGGGAGGGAGGAGGAGGAGAACUGCUGUGGCGACGACGACGACGACGAGGAGGACGACGACAGCUGUAGUGAAGGCGGUGGAUGCUGGCGACCUCCGGUGCAGGGCAUGAUGGCCCGGUGCAGACUGUGACGAGACUUUUGCGCGGCCACCGCGUCAGGACCUACAGCGACGACGGCGGUGACGCCACCAGGCCCAGCCCGCGCGCUCCCUGCCUGUGUCGCGUGGACAUUGCUGACGUCACUGGUGUCGCCAAGUGGAAGGCGGUGAAGGGCGAGCCUUUCGUUUUCUCGUCGACUUUUGGGACCUCGCCAGACAGUCACGCCCAUUGUUCUUGAUUAUUUCUGCACACUCUCCAUUUCGGAGAGUAUUGUGUGGAGCAAAGUCUGGAACCUUUAGCAGCUGGAACUGCAUCCCAAGAGCAUCAGCAGUGUUACCCUGUCCUACUGAAUCCCUGUAGGACUCCAGAUAAUCAUGGCUCGCCAGUGGCAGAAACUAAGUCCUGCAGAAUUCCACCAAAUGCAGGAAUACAUCUCAUAUUCCUCAAAGAAAGUUAAAGAUGUCUUAGAAGAAUUUAACAGAGAUGGAGCAUUAUCAAAGUACAAUCCGGAGGAGCCUAUCGACUAUCCUGGGUUUAAACUAUUCAUGGAACUUUACCUGGAAGCAACAAUUCCUGAGGAUCUUUGCCAGCACCUCUUCUGCUCGUUCAUGAAGAAGGGCAACAAUGCUGGAGCCCAGGGAGCUGCAGUUACAGGUGUCAGCACAGUCGCCGGGACCACGGGUAAGGAUUUCCAUGUGAAGGAUGUGGCUGUGGUGGCCUCACAGACUAUCUGUGCCCCAAUCACCAAUUUGACCUCUGAGAUGCACUAUGAGAAAGAUGUCUCUUCAUCACAGUCUUCUUCUCGACCUCACUCCAGCCUGGCAGAGAAAAUCCAUGGCUUGACAGAGAAGCUGCAACAUGGUUUGGGUCAUGUCAGACAUGACAGUGGUGGUGAUCCUGGCAGGCGCAGUCGUGCAGGAUCAGCAUCUGCUGCCACACACCCAUCACUGGCUGUGGGGAUGGCUUCUUCCAUUGAUAAAGGGUCUGGAGGUGAUGAAGCCAUGCCACCUGAUGUCUCCAACCACUCGCGUUCUUCAUCAAAAAAAUCUAACCACAGCAUCCACAGUGUCCACAAUGGUCCACUGCUAGAGAGCACAGACCCAUGGAUGCGGCAGUCCAAUUCAUCACUUUUGCGCACCAAUCUUGACCUGAAAGCUAUUCGGAACCGUUCUUUGAGCUUGGAGAUCAGAACCGGUCAUAUUUACAUAAAGGAUCUUGUUUGUUACCUCUCUCUGCUGGAAGCAGGACGCCCAGAGGACAAACUAGAGUUCAUGUUCCGCCUUUAUGACACUGAUGGUAAUGGGCUUCUAGACUCUAAUGAGCUCGACUGUAUUGUCAACCAAAUGAUGUCUGUGGCAGAAUAUCUUGGAUGGGAUGUAUCAGAAUUGAAGCCCAUCCUGCAAGACAUGAUGAUAGAGAUUGACUAUGACUCGGAUGGAACUGUGUCUCUUGAGGAAUGGAAGAAAGGAGGAAUGACCACAAUCCCCUUGUUGGUGCUGUUAGGGCUUGACAGUAAUGUGCAAGAUGAUGGAACUCAUGUAUGGCGUUUGAAGCAUUUCAAUAGACCUGCCUACUGUAACUUGUGUCUCAACAUGCUGGUAGGCCUCGGCAAACAAGGACUUUGCUGCACGUUUUGUAAAUACACUGUACAUGAAAGGUGUGUUCAAAGAGCACCUGCUUCAUGUAUUACCACUUAUGUCAAAUCAAAAAAAGUGUCUCAGGUAAUGAACCACCAUUGGGUGGAGGGUAACUGCACUGGUAAAUGUGACAAGUGCCGUAAGUCCAUCAAGUCAUACAACGGAGUGACUGGUCUGCACUGUCGCUGGUGCCAUCAAACGCUCCACAACAGAUGCGCAUCACAACAAAAGCCAGAAUGUGACUUGGGACCAUACCGUGACCAUGUGCUACCACCUAUAGCAGUCUGUCCAGCUGUUCUGCUAUUGGGAAAAUUUUCUGCACAAAAACUAUUUGCUGUUGUAAGAAAAGAACUGAUGCAUUCAAAAUCAGAGAUCGACCCCGAGGACAGAAAAACAGUGAAAAUAGGGGUGCUGAAGGGAGGAGACAUCACCAGUGACAUAUCACCUUCUCUUGCCACACCAGUGGAAGAGACAUUUGGGAAUGUCCAAGGAGGCAGCUCAUUUCAGAUCACUCCACUGGAAGGCACACAUCCUCUUCUUAUUCUCAUCAACCCUAAGAGUGGUGGGAAACAAGGGGCCAGGCUCCUCCGCAAGUUUCAGUAUCUGCUAAACCCUCGACAGGUGUUCAACAUGAUCAAAGAAGGACCUAUGGUUGGACUGCAGUUUUUUGCGGAUGCUCCCAAUGCUCGUGUCCUUGUCUGUGGAGGUGAUGGAACUGUAGGCUGGCUUUUAGACACUAUGGAUAAAGUAAACUUUAAGCAGCGACCUCCUGUGUCGGUCUUACCGCUGGGUACAGGCAAUGAUCUGGCACGCUGUCUCUGCUGGGGAGGUGGUUAUGAAGGUGAGAACCUACUGAAAAUUCUGCAGAAGAUAGAACGCAGCACGGUCGUAAUGAUGGACCGCUGGCAGAUUGAAUUCAGUAAGCCUGAGGGGGAAGAUGAGCAAGAUGGAGAUCCCAUACCUUACAACAUUAUCAACAACUAUUUCUCCAUUGGCGUGGAUGCAUCUAUCUGCCAUCGAUUUCACGUCAUGCGAGAAAAACAUCCAGAAAAGUUCAACAGCCGAAUGAAGAACAAGCUGUGGUAUUUUGAGUUUGGCACUGAAGCUCAAUUCUCCUCAGCUUGUAAGAAUCUACAUGAACACAUAGACAUAAUGUGUGAUGGAGCCUCUCUUGACCUUGCCAAUGGACCACGACUUGAGGGCAUUGCCCUUCUCAACAUCCCUAGCAUCUAUGGCGGCACCAACUUGUGGGGAGAAAACCCUAGUCAGAAAAAACGGCGGAAGGCGCAGAAGGCCAAGAAAGACAAAGACAAAGAGUUUUCUACGUCAAGCAUGUCAUCCGCAGAGCUUGCCAUUGCUGUUCAAGAUGUUGGAGACUCAAUGAUUGAAGUUGUUGGUCUGGAGAAUAUAAUGCAUGUAGGACAAGUAUAUGCAGGACUGCGUGGCUCUGGAAAAAGACUGGCUCAGUGUUCUCAGGUUGUCAUCAGAACAAGAAAAAGAUUCCCAAUGCAGAUAGAUGGGGAGCCCUGGAUGCAGCCUCCUUGUACAAUUUUCAUUCAACACAAAAACAAAGUGCCCAUGUUGAUGGCCCCACCAUCCAACAAGAAGUCUCGGUUGGCCAAGCUUUUCAAGAGAUAGUUACCAUGUGUAGGAUGAAGAAAUGAUAUGAUGAGACACAGGGAGCACAUUGUUACCUGCUGUCUUGUUACAAGACUCCCAGAUGCUCCCAUACGCAUGUGCACUUGUUCAUAUGUUCACACAUGCCAAGACUUUCACUCACCAUCCAGAGUUUUGAAACAGAACCAACACCCUGUUCUCAUAGACUAUAAACAUUCGAUCUGCUCCAUCAGACAGAGGAGUUUCAGCUGUGACCUCCAGAGGCAAAUGUGAAAUUUACUGGUCUUUCUUUUGCAAGCUUGAAAAAAAGUUGAUGAAAUCCUACAGAGAAAUCAGAGGCAAAGUCACAACAUUUGCUGCAUCCUACUAAGCUGUCUAUUGUGGACUUCACUCUCAAUGAUGUAUUGGUGCUUAGGGUAUUGGUGUUGGCAGAAUGGGUCAGGUGCGAUUCUAAGAUAACCAUUUGACAUCUAGUUUUCUGUUGUUUUUUUUAAGACCAGCUAGCACAACAUAGAUAGUGUGAAAUUGUUUUGAGUAAAGCUGCCAGACUCUACCUCAUCCCUCUACUUGUUUUAAGGGAAGGGUUGUUUGGGUUUGUUUAGAGAAAAAGAUUUUUUGGUAUCUUAAGGUAGCUGUAAAGCUGUUAGAAGCAAAGAUAACCCACAAUGACAUUUCAGUUGGAUAUUACCCCUACUACUGCUUUUCAAAGCACAAGUUGAGGCAUAAGCAGUUUGUGUUCAGCAAAAAUUGCUCUUCGGACAGAGAUGCACCACGGCAAUACCAGAAAGUCUUCUAUGUGCUAUGUAUAGUCUGCUGUCUCUUGAGUGAUCCCGCUGAUGUCAGUGGCUUUGACAUUGACAGGAUAUUGAAUAAUCAGCUACUACUUCUGUAUCAGUAAGACAGCAGAUGACAAGAGUUUGUGUGAGCCGAUGGAAAACAAACUAUAUACUCUAUUAGAUCAUGCAUCUUUGAGUCAGAAGGUUGACGAGUGGAGACCAUACCUAAAGAAUAAGAUGAGUGAUUUACCCACAGUCUAUGAGCCGAUUGCAGUCUUUUAGGAUUUUAUUUCAUUCACUUCUUCCAAGUAAAAUCUAAAUUUAUUAGAAACAAAAUGGAAUUCGGAUGAUGGAAUACACACAAGUCGUGGAAAUUAUGCUAAUGUAAAUAUUUGGGGUUUUUUUUUUUCAACCUUGGCAGCCUGUGUGUUCCCGUUUUCUGUGAUGAUGUACCUUCGAGGAAGAACUCUCAUUAUCUCUUUUAACUUAUAAACUUUGUUGUUUCAUUUUUAUUUAUUUUGCAAAAGCCUGCAGAUAAUAGGAGUCUACCAACAGUUUGCAUCAACAACACAUCAAAUAAGUGAACAUUAGUUUUGUCAGCCAUCAGUGGCAACACAGGGAAGUGAAGGAAGAAACAAAAAAGAAAUUGUCCAGAAAAUGAUCUAGUGAAUGGUGAAGGAAAAGUAUCUUAACUUCAGAAAAGUGACAUUACUUUUACAAGUACAUGGUUGUCUGUGUAUUACAUGGGUACAGUUGAUGGGAAGGAUUAUUCUCCUCUCAUUAUGGUGUUGAACAUACAUGUUCUGCUGUUGUUAACAUUUGGGAUUUCACUUUGGAAUUGUGUAUUACUACCUUAGGAACACAAGGAGAAAGACAAGAAAAUGGGGAAAAGUGUCUGCCGACAGGUGUAUAGAGCAAAUGGAAAUAAGAACCUGUAGUGUUGUAAAUGUGUAAACAGUCGGCUUUGUAGUGCCUCACAUCCCACAGAUAAAAAGCUGCCACGAAGAGGUCAAGAAUGCAACAAUCAACUGAGAUCAAUCAUAUACUAGGUCAUGUGUCUUCAUUGGAAAAGUUUCAGCUCAACUAAAAAGCAAAAAUCAAAAAGCUUAUUGAGCUCACUGCCAUAUUUUGGGUUGUUUUCUGAUGUCACCACUGAUUGUUGCAUUUCUGUUCAUCUCUCAGAUUCAUGGAAAAACAUCCUUUCAACAAAAACAAGAACUAGAAUCAAAAACAUUUUUAGGCAAAGUUUUCUUCUGAGACUAAUGAGGAGGAAAUUUCAAGGAAAGUAACUGCACUUAAAUAGAAAACAUCUAAAGAUGACCAAAAAAAAUUGUAAGCUCAAUAUCCUGUGGUUUAUGUAAAGGCUAUUGCUGGAAACUUCUCAUCUUUAGGCUAUUCAGGUUUCCAUUUGGCAACUCCCAGAGAACUGCAUUUGUAAAUUGUUUUGAAGCCACAUGAAGGAUGUCUUUUUCCUCUCUGUGCAGGGCACUGCAAGUUCAUAAAGUAAUAGAAGCAAAUGUGUUAAAAGGUAUAGCAUGCUGUGAAAGAAUAUAUGUUUCAAGACAAAUCAAACUGGGAUGGUACCUACAGAACAGCAGACUUUUCACAGAGUGCAUGUUCUUUGACAAGGUUCGUGCCUUGAAUUGAUUGGGUGAGUUAUAUCUCUGACCCAUCAAACUUCUGAUGAAACUGUAUUUGAUGAGGAAAUCUGAAACCACCUGGUUAACAUACUUUCAAAAGCAGCACAAGAUUCUGCUUGCAAAGUACUUUUACAAAAAGAUAAAACAUCAAAUAUUGUUGUCAUUGUUUUCCACUCACUGUUCGGACAGUGUAUGUUUUCACCAUCAAAUAAUGGCAUGGCAGAAAAACUGUGCUAGCAUCAACCUUUCUUAGGUCUGGGCCCACUUUUCAGACGUGCUGUUGUGCUGGCAAACAACCUGCCUUAGGUGUGACCUACACCUUUCAGACUUUUCCUGGCAAACAAUCUGCCUUAGGUGUGAGCAUACCUACUAGACUUGUGCGAUGGCCAUAAGUCAAACCAGCUCAAAUUUCUUCAGGUCAACUUUGAUUCUUAUAACCUUGAACAUUUGCAGCUCUAGUGUAAAGUUUUUUAUGGCCUCACUGGAUGUUUGUUGUUUAGAUGACAUGUUUAUAUAUUAUCCCUUCUUGGUGUCAUUCCUCUUGUUCUCAAGAAAUAUGUGGUGUUGGUGACAGCUGCCUUCAACUUGUUUAUCUACCUUGUCUUGUUAUCUGACCUUUCAUGUAUUGUUUCUUUACAGCAUCUUGUUAUCUCAUCUCCUGCAUCAUCACUAGUGUCUUUUUGUCAAACAUUUCCUGUUCAGGGUUCGGGAAAGGCUUUCAUCUUAUGUAAGUGAAUUGCCCACGCCCACUCGUUGUCUGUUGCCUCGUGUUUAUUGUUUAUUUCCUCACCCCCACCCAGUUUAUAUGUGAUUACAGUGGUUCUAAUGGGGUUUUUUCAUUCUGAAGAGAAAUGACUUCAUAAAUGAAAAGGUACUAUACCUAUUGCUUUUCAAGUAAACUGUCAAAUUAGGUGAGCCUGUGUGUAUCAUUGUAUAAAAAGUCAGUACAUUAAUUUUUUAUACAUUGUACAAAUAUAAAUACAUGAGUAAAUUUGCAACUGUAAAACCAUGAUGUAAAUGUCAGAAUAUUAAUAUUAUUUCAUUUAUAUAUCAUGGGCAGUCUUUAAUGGAGAAAGAAUACAGCUGUGUUACCUGACUUGGAAACAUUUUGUUGGAUCAAGCACAGGAAAGCAUGCCUGGGACCAUUUAUAUGAGAUGCAGCUGAAAAUGGUUCAGCUGGUAGAUUAUGUGAUAUGAUUUGUUAGGUCUUCACAAUUUAUUCAAGAUGCAGCGCAUCAUAUAGUCUAUUUUUAUGUGACAGUACAAAUUAUUUUUGACUCAACUAGGAGAGAGAAUAGCAUUGGAUAAAUUUAUCAUUGUCAGGUUAUAGAGAUCGAAAGAUUAUUCCUCUUACCCAAAGCCUUUGCAUAUAUACACAUGCUUGCCCGCAUGCACACACACACAUAUAACACAAUGAGUAGAUGUCUGUUGUACGCUUAAUCUUUUGUUUUACGUUCCUGCGUCACAAUAGCAGUUAUGCUUGGCACAGGUUAUAUGUCAUAGAAAAUAACUGGGCAGCAUAAAAUGAAAGAGAUGUUUUGGGACAAAACCUUUAGGUCGAGUAAUUUAUGAAAUGGAAAAACAAUUAUUUUUUCAGAUGGGAAGUGUCCUUUCUUGCUUGCACCAUAUGUCUGGCAUCCUGACUACUGUCAUUCCGUUUGACAGGGUGACAAGGGAGCUUUAAUUUCCAUGGAACUGACAGCAUGUUGUCCUUUAUUGUACUCCAUGACAUUUUUGAAUAAUUAAGUACUGGUUUCUGUGUUCUGUGUGCUAAAGGCUGCAUAUCUGUGUUUGCCAGUACUUUAUUUGUCCAUAUGCAAACUUGCAAACAGCUAGUCACGCAAAAAAAAAAUUUUUAAACUCUUGGAUUCAUGGAGCAGAAUCAGAAUCUUCCAAACUUCCAAGUGCUACCUUUGCUAGAGUGUACUGCAGGCCUAGAAGAUGUUUCAGGACUGACCAAUAGUAGAUGCUUUCAUGAGUGUAAAAGCUCUGAUUUAGACCAUUCUUGGUAAAUUUUUUAUUAUUAUGUUUCAGUUUUAUUUCAGCUUUCAUUUUAAUAAGGCUUUUUGUUUUUCUCACAGUUAAAUUCAGUGUAACAGUUUUUGAAACACAAGCUGUUCAAGAAACAAUCUGUAGCAGUCUGUGGCAGUAAGCUGAUCAGUUCUAAGACCACUGUUAUGUUGAAAUAAGCUUUAUAUAAAAAUAUAGAUAUACAUCUUUACAGCAUGCACCAUCUGUGUGUCCAAAAGUCAAGAGAGAAAAGUUGGAAGUUACAAAAUUGAAAAGAAAUAAAAUUCAGCAGUGUAUUUUCCAUGUAAUCACAUGGUGCCAAAGAAUGAAAUAGUGUUAGCAGCACAUCAAAAAGCUUUUGUAAGAUGUUGGCGAAGGGAAGAUCAUACCUGUGCAGGAAAGUUUAUUUACAUGAUUGUGAAAACUUAAUCUAAAAUAGGAAUGUUUAACACAUAAAUAGCAUAACAUUAUUAGGCAGUUUCUUAAUUUGCCUUGACAGUGCAAUAGUGAACGGGGAAAGUAUUGUUUGUAAUCUCACAGGUCUACUCGGUGCACUUCAGCACUUAUGCUGGUACCAUGGUCAUAUGGUCUUCCUCCAUGUCAAAAUUUUCUGUUGAAGUGCUUGUUUAUUUGUUGUUCUGCCUAGUACUCAAAAAUUUGGUUUCCUGCUUAUUGCAGGCAGUAGACUGAAUCUGGAUCAUUUCUGUGAAGUGAGAUUUCUUUUGUAUGCUAAUGCUAAAUUUUCUCUUUAUUUUUGCAAAUAUGUAGAAUACAGAGAACAUGCAAAGCUCAGCAUUCAGAUACCCUGAGAGCUAUUUUAAGCUGAUAAGGAUAUGGGUCAGGAGUGUACAGUGGUUAUGUGUUACGUAAUCUGGCUUGUUGAAACCUAUCUUGCAGUCUCAUCUGUAAUCAUAACCAUAAACAUUAAUUGUUUCUUCCUUUUUCUUCCUCUUUGAUGCAGAAUUAGGCUGAGCAUUUUACUUAACUUCAUGAAGGAUUUAAUGAGAGUUCUGGCUGACAUCUUUCAGGCUAUGGGGACUUGAAAGGUGUGAUUGCAGUAACUUGCAUUUACAGACAAUCUGAACGUAUUGCUUAAAGCACAUGCAAAUUCUAGGAUUGUUUUCCAUUCUGAAAGGUUGAAGCCUGAAUAUUUAUUUCCCCAAAAAAAGUAUUGUUUGUUGAUGACAAAUUUAGUGGCAAUAAUUUAAAAGAAAAAAUUGAAAAAGUAGCGUCUGUGGUGUUGACUGCUAUUUAAAGAAAUGACACAGGUCGGGGCCCCAAAGGACAUGGAGGUGUCAACUUGCCUAUUUACCUUCCGCUGGAAACUGGAUUUACCAGAAAGGUAAAGGCUCGAUGCGCUGUGUCCAAGAUAAAGUGAACCAAAUAGUCAGCGCACAAGACCACCAUACAGUGGGAUUCUUUACCUGCUUUCAUCAUACCAGUUUAUGGUCAAAAAGGUUUUUUUUUCCCUUUUAAUACAAAAAUCUGCAUUGCCAUAAAAAUAAUCUUGAAUAUUAUGGAUUAGAGUGGGGCACCAAAAUAACUGGCAUGAAGCAAGAUCUUGAUUGAUAGAUGACAGAGCUGUAACUGGCACAAUGCACCAAGGCAGAAAAAAAGCAGGCUUAACUUGCCAACAGGAAACCAAUGAAACAGCAAAAAUGAUAGUAUGUUGUCAGACAUGUAUGAAAUACAUGUAAUCACUGAAAACUAACUCAUAAAAUAGCCAUUGUCUUAUCACAGUUCAUUGGUGCAAAAACUGCAUCAUAUGCUUACUGUGGAAAAAAAGCUUUAUACAUCAGAUGGUUUUAGGCUAAGACCAUUUGGUGAACAGUGUAAUAUAUUUCCUAGCCAUUGCCAAAAAGAAAAGGGGGGUUAGCUUUGAUGUGCUCAUUCUGUGAUAUCAUUGUUGAUAAAUAACAUGUAGAUGAUAUAAUUUUUAUUGACAGUAAUAAUGACUCUUAAGACUUUUAUCCAAUUUCUGUGUAGUCAAGUCUUUGAAUAAGUCACCUAGUAGCAAUAGGAGUGGUAAAGACAUUUUUUUCAGUCAGUGAUUGUUGUAUCCCUAACCAAAUAAAAUAUCAGCAAUGCUCUUGGUGAAAAGAAAGAGUUAGAGCUUUAACUCCACAGUCUAAACCAGGAACAUGCUAGGAGAUGAUUGGCAUGAAGUCAAACAAGUUGCUAGUUUCUGGCUGCAUGAGUAAGGAAAGUCAAGUAUAUGUGUAUUUGCUUGCCACACCUAAAUUGUGUUUGAUUAUCACUGGAUGGUAGAUAAAUUUUAUAGAAAAGUAUGUGCAGACAAAUCGAGGUAGCCGUAUGAAAUCAUUAUUUCCCUCUGUUCACACUGAAACCUUCCUAAAAGUUAUUAAUAUUUCUUUGUUGCCUAAAUUUAAAUGUGCUGUGACCUGUAACAUUGGCUACAGCUGAACAGUUGAUAAGAGGCGGAAAACGAAAGAGUAGAGGGUGGGAAAUGCUACAAAAUGUCAUAGGGAUUAAAAAACUUACACACAUAACAAAACAUGAUGCAUUGCAGUCUUUAUCCUUGCAUUUCUGGAUCAGUCAGUGUUUCCAGCUAGUACUUCUGUUAAGUCUGUCCCCUUUCUAACCUGCAAAGAUUACUGUGUAGAUAAAUGUAUUGAAACUCUACAGUAGGGAAGAGUCGCAUAUAAAUGUAUUGAAACCAUACAAUAGGGAAGAGUCCCAUAUGUACAUUCAUUCACAUGCUUACACACAGAGGGAACAAGUGUGCAUUUUACAUCUGUUUUAAAGGCUUAAACUUUUUUGAUGCUAUCACCAUUGCUGUGAAUUUACAACAGAAAGCUGUAUUUCACUAGUUUCACUCAAUUGACUUGUUGCUGUGCUUUUGCUUUUGAUGUGGCAUUCAGCCCUAGAAAUCAGUUGAUCCUUUCUUGCAGGCAGCCUGCAUGCAUUCCUGGAUCCCUUGCACAGUAUUUUUAUAAACCAGAUAUUUAUGUUUGGUGCAGUGGUACCAGCCAACAGUAGUGCCAUUUACUGGAUAGAGUUUGACUUCAAGGUCCCCUCAAAAUAGAAAGACAUUUUUUAAGUACUAGAGGUUGUAGUACAUGUAUUUUGCUAACUCAGUAAUGCUGACAAUUGUCACAUUUUUAGUACAUUUUGUAUUAUGCGCUUCUACUAUUCUUUUUUUCCUUCUUCCAUUUCUCUGUUGCAGAGAAUAUUUUGAUUAAAGAUUGGCACUUAUUCCCUAUGAGGAAGUUCAAUUAAAAGCCUUGCUAGAAGUUUUUAGUAAGAAAUAACCGUGGGUGUAGAUGUAACUUACAGUACUUGGAAAGAUGAUUUUUUUUAAUAUAUUUUGUAGCAAUGCUGUAGCCUAAAGUCUCCUGUUAAGAUCGCAAAGUGCAGACUGCAUUAUACUCAAAUUAAUUUGUAGGUACAUUUAUGUAACAUUAAUGGUACACUGGCAGUACAUUUAAUUCAGUUCAUCCCAAAACUGGUGUCAAGGCAUGUUCUUGUACACCAGUCCUAGGGGAGCUCUGAUGGAGCACUUCAGAGGUAAACAUGCCAGAGAGGGUCAUCCACCACCCUCUAAUCCCAGUGAAUAGCCUGUCCACUCUUCCACAUUAGUCACCCAGCCUUUCUUCUUUUUGGCACAGCGCUGUCUUUGAUAGUCAUGAGCAGUGACUUCUGGGGACCCACCAGGCCUCUGACUAGGUUGCAUGUAUUAAUAGUAUGUCAGUGGUGUACUGAUGGCACAGGGAUGAUUUAUGAUAAUACACUGAUGUUACCUUGAUCACAAGAGCUGUUGAGCACUGGUGGUCACCUCAAGUAUGUGUUCCUGUGCAGCAUCCACACAUGGUAGGAGGCGGUACAAACGUGUACAUUGACAUGUUUAUUUAAUGCUCAUCGAUUUGUUGACACCAUUGCAUUUAUCACUUGUUGAUCAUAUUCAUUUUGUCAAAGUGUUGUCUUCCUCACAUAACAGUCUGCACAACUUGGCUGUAGGCUCAGUUUGUUGCUUUCUGUAUAUCUUACAUUAAUGUGAUGGUUUUGCAUCCCUGCAGGACAGGAAUUGUUAGAAAUAGGCCACUGGCAUCUCCUGCAUAAUGUCAUUCUGUGUGUACAAGCGGUCUUCUUUGUUAUCGUCAUUGUUGUAACUUUUCUGUAUAUGGGCUGCUGGGGAGUCAACUCGGAGAAUUCCACGACUAAUGAUUAUGUCUGAACUUAAAGUAAAUUUGAUUGAAGUGGUUGUACAUGUACAUAGGGUUUAAUGAAUGGUGUCAUUAGCAGAUUAUACGGGAUGAGGGGAGGUUGUGAUGUCCAAGAGGGUUGGAAGGGAGAUAAUUGUGCAACAGGAUUUUGUGGUAGAGUGGUUUAGCUAUGACAUUGCAGAGAUAACUGAGAGGAAGGGCAUCGGGUUUCAGAAAUAAAACUAGUUAUUUCAAAUGA